AGGUGCUUUACAGGCGUUCUUACUGGCAAAUGGCUUCAUGUGGGGGGAAGACAAAGUAAAAUACCUCCAGAAGCGGAUAUGGCGUUACCUAGAAUUCUCUAGAUGAACGCCAAAGCAUACCUAGAGUAUAACCCCAUGAAGCCAACUGUCGUUGCCAUUUCCGGUUCUGAGAAUUCGCCCAAUAUACCGCAGUGACCGCACUCGAAGUUAUCGAGUGCGGUGCUACGUCGUCUCGCUCAUUAUUACAACCAGCAAGAGUGUUUUCAAUCAAGUCGUUGAAACCGCUGCAGUGUUCAAAUUGAAGGGAGGGUGUCUUGAGGCUAUAAACAAUUCACUGCUGAGAUGGAGUACCCUUACGUGGCGUGAACUUCAGGUCGAGCGUCGGCCUUCCAGAGACAGGCUUACACAUGAACAGUCUAAGGGGAUGUAUAGUAUGCCUGUCCUUGGUGAAGAUCCUCGUCACCUCGGACUCGGCCAUGCCAGUGGUCCCCCGCUGGCCCACAUACCCCAAUGUAUUAGAUCAACUCUUAACUCUCAGGCUGCCUUGCACUUUAUAUAUAUAAACGAGCCACUUCUCACCGUGAUUCAUGAUCAUCUAAAGAUGCAGCCCACGACUAUUAAUAUAUCAGGAAGGGCUGGGCUUCUUGCAUCUCAACCACCAUGGCCCUCGACUCCCUUCCUCUGUUUCUGGCGAUAUCGGUUCUCGUUGCUACUGCUUAUUUCAGUGCCAGUCUAUGUCGCCGAAAAGACGACCACUAUCCGCCUGGACCUGGUACACGAUCGUCGAUAGGCAACGUCGCACUCAUUCCUCCGAAGAAGCCGUGGGUUACUUUCACCGAGUGGGGGAAACGAUACGGCCCCUUGGUACACCUCAAGGUUCCAGGGCAACAUUUCUAUUUCGUCAACAGCAACAAAGUCGCGGACCAACUCUUGGAAAAGCGAUCGCGGAUUUAUUCUAGUCGCGCUUUCGCGAACGCCCUCGAUCUUGCUGGAUGGAGUUUUCUUCUACCUGCUAUGGCCUACUCCGAUAGUUGGCGCGCAAACAGGCGUCUUCACCACCAGUCCCUCAAGUCUCAGUCUAUACCCCAGUUCUACCCGGCUAUAGAGGAGAAGGUCUAUGCUUUCCUUCGGAGCCUUCUCAACCACCCGGAAGAGUUUAUGGAUAAUACCGAAGUUCUUUCAGGAGGCGCUGUACUAGGUACCAUGUUUGGAUUGGAUGUAACCAACGUAGACUCUCGAGCUCUUCAACUUUCAAAGACUGCAAUUCGAGCUGUGGACACAGUGGUUUCGCCUCAAUUUGUGUUCUCGGCGACUUACUUUCCUUUCUUCCGUUUUCUUCCCAUCUGGUUUCCGGUACUUGGUCGACUCAAAGAAGAUCUAGUAAACAGUCUCACCUCCCUGAAAGAUAUGAAGGAACUCGUGGUUGAACACACCAUGAAGCUUCUGAAAGAAGGCGACUUGAAAUCCUCCCUUGUGGCCGAGCUGCUGGAGGUUAACAAGGUCAACGGUGGUUCCAUAGAGGAGGACGAUCGUAUCGUGAACAUGGGGUUGAUAUCAUAUGCUGCUGGUGCCGACACCAUGGUUUCCAGUGUCUGGACCUUCUUCCUUGCUAUGAUCAGACAUCCUCGUUGUCAAGAAAAAGCUCAAAUGGAAAUUGAUUCCGUCAUUGGGACCAAUCGACUUCCAACGUUUGCCGACCGCUCGUCUCUACCGUAUGUCAACGCCAUUUACUGGGAAGUCAUGAGAUGGCAUCCACCCCUUCCUCUUGCUCCCCAUGCCACGAUUGAGGACGAUUUUUACGACGGCUUCUAUAUACCAAAAGGCAGCGUGGUGUUUGGCAAUAUAUGGGGUAUGACUCGGGAUGAAGCGGUUUAUGAAAAACCCGAUGAAUUCAUCCCCGAGCGUUAUUAUGACAAGGUCAAUGACUAUAGAGACGACGUAGCGUUCGGCUUUGGGAGAAGAAUUUGUGUGGGUCGCUACUUUGCCGAAGCCGUAGUAUGGUUGACCAUUGCAACGGUUCUCGCUGCUUUCCGUCUCGAGAAAGCCAAGAACGAGCAAGGGGAGGAGAUUGAUACGCCUGAAAGUUACUCAGAAGGACCGGUUCUCUUUAGCCGUCCACUACCCUUCCGGUGUUCGAUUACUCCAAGGUCCGACAAAUCGACCGGUCUUAUCGAGGCAUUUUCCAAUUUCUAGAGGUCGUAAAUAUAGAUGGUCUUGAAAGCGUACAUAGUGGUCAGUCAGAAAGGGUUCUGUUUAUUGUAUGGUAGAAAGGGUGAAUCUGUAAAGCUAGGUCGCCGAAGGGUACACAUUCCCCCAGGAAUAAAUUGUUUAUCUACGG